AUGUCAAACGCAGGCAGCAAACCAAAGCUAAGAGUGGCAAUCAUCGGUGCCGGCCCAGCAGGCUUAGGUGCAGCGAUUGAAUUUCAGAAGCUUCCCUUUGUCGAUCUUCGAAUCUACGAACAAGCUCGAGAGUUACGUGAGGUCGGUGCGGGUAUAAGUAUUCAACGGAACACCUGGCGCAUGCUAGACGCCUUGGGUGUUUAUGAUAAUAUCGAUCCGAGUACCAUCUUUAGCGCCGCAGAUGGCCAUUCCGUGCAGCAUCGCGGACAACACGACACUCCGCCGCGACAUAAGCAUGCCAGGGCCUUACGCACUGUACUUCAACAAGCGCUUCUGAAAGCCGUGGAUAAAACAAAUCUGCGACUUUCGAGUCGUCUUGUUGAGAUCCGUGAAUUGCCGAACAAAACAUUAUCAUUGCGAUUUGAGGAUGAACACACGGAUGAAGUAGAUCUCCUAAUAGGAGCUGACGGUGUUCGAUCGGUUGUCCGCCAAUUCUCCUUCCCGGACCAUCGCAUCAGCUAUACUGGUACAACAGCCUUCCGGGCCCUAGUUAACGCGGACGAUAUUUUGAGUAUUCCCAACUUUCCGGACGCCGUGACCUUCUGGCAUGGGCCGACUAGGAAUUUGCGCCAAUCAUUCAAGAGGUUCUUAGUAAAAUCGGGGAAGUGA